AUGAGGAGGUUAAACGGCGCUUCUGGGAAGGGAGAUGAGAUUGUGCGCCAGGUUCCACCUGUUGAGAAGUUAUUCAUAGGAGGGGAUUUCAAUGGGCAUAUUGGGUCGACCGCAAGUGGUUAUGGUGAGGUGCACGGAGGCUUCGAUUUUGGGGAGAGGAACGGAGGAGGUACAUCGUUGUUGGACUUCGUUAAGGCUUUUGGCUUAGUAAUUGCGAACUCUAGCUUUCGGAAGAGGGAGGGGCAUUUGGUUACUUUUCAAAAUGUGGUUGCGAAGACUCAUAUUGACUAUCUCCUCCUCAGGAGCAAAAUCAACAUCCCCGUCUUCGCCGAUAAAAGGAUCAGGUUCAGAAGGAGACACAAUCGGAGAGCAGAGCGCCAAAUAGCAAUCACAGAAAUCGGCUUCGACCUAGCCAGAUAUAACAGGGAUCCCGCCAGACAUAACGGCGCACCAGCUAAGCUUGAACCCCAGGUUCAGACCGAUGAAGCAAAAAAGAAGGCCCCA